ACGACCCCUUCCAUGUGAAAAGUAUUAUACAAAAGGGAUUUGCUUUCAGAGUAAAAAACUGUGCUUCCCCUUCGGAAUAUGGAAAUGUGGAUCAACAAGUUCUGGACAUGUUGAAAUUUGAAGAGCUACGGGGGAGCAUAUCCUAUCGCAACAUCAAGCAACGCCAUCUAGCGGCCAAAGACCCAGUCAUCGAUCGACUGUGAUUCUCAAAACACCGAACACUUUCAAUUCUGACUUUUUUUUCAUAUAUGAAAAGUGUCCCCUGCGUAAGCAACCAGCGUCAACAGUUAUGGAGAGACCCAAGAAGAAAGAUAAAAUAGAAAUGGACAGUUUAGUGGAAUCGGGCGAAAAUUCCGUCAAAAAUUCCCCGUCGGGAGAUGACGAAAAACAGAAUCUGCAAGUUCCUGUUUCCGGACAAACUUACGGAAGUACUCUGAGUAUAGGACCGGAAGCGUCCACGGCAAAUUUACUGAAGAUUGACCUAGAAAAGAAAAUCAGCCGACAUACAGGUGAAGAACGGGAAUCCUGGGAUAGCAGGGCUGAGUUUCUCCUGUCCCUGAUUGGAUACGCCGUGGGGCUGGGUAAUGUGUGGAGAUUUCCAUAUCUCACCCAGAAAAAUGGAGGAGGAGCUUUCCUGAUUCCCUAUGCAGUGAUGCUAGCCAUAGAGGGUAUCCCACUGUUUUACCUGGAGCUUGCGAUCGGGCAGCGUUUGCGGAAAGGAUCGGUCGGCUCGUGGAACCAGGUCUCCCCUUAUCUCCAGGGAGUGGGGCUGGCUUCCGCUGCAGUCUCUUUCAAUGUGGCGCUUUACUAUAAUACAAUCAUGGCGUGGUGCAUCAUUUAUUUGGUCCAGAGUUUUCAGUCCCCCCUGCCGUGGUCCGAGUGUCCUCUUGUGGAGGGCUUCAAUUCUACAGUUAAAGAACCAGAGUGCGAGAGAAGUGGACCUACCACGUACUUCUGGUACCGAGAGACUUUAAACAUAGCUCCAUCCAUCGAGUCCUCAAGCGGCCUCAACUGGAAGCUGGCGGUUUCACUCCUGGUCGCUUGGAUCAUCGUGUAUCUAUGUAUGGUCAAAGGAAUCAAGUCAUCUGGAAAAGUUGUGUAUGUGACAGCUACGUUCCCUUAUCUAGUCCUUAUCAUAUUUUUCUUUCGAGGGAUAACGCUGCACGGAUUUGAACGAGGAUUAGAACAUUUGUUUGUUCCGGAGUGGAGCAAGCUGUUUGAGCCCGAGGUAUGGCUGGACGCCGCCACACAGAUCUUUUACUCCUUUGGCCUGGCCUUUGGCUGCCUGAUUGCACUAUCGUCGUACAACCCUAUCAGAAACAACUUUGCCAAAGAAGCCCUGAUAGUCACCGUCUCAGAUUUCUUUACCUCCAUCUUCACCGCCUGUGUGGUUUUCUCCAUAUUGGGUUUCAAAGCAACCAUGGCGUACGAAAAUUGUCUCACACAAAAGGAGAAUCAAACAUUAGAAAAUUCAACAGAUACAGUUUGUGAUUUCAAAACCAUCAUAUCAGAGUCGGGCUCGGGGACCGGAUUGGCCUUUAUAGCAUUCACAGAGGCCAUCAAUCAGUUUCCGAUCGCCCCUCUCUGGUCUGUCCUCUUCUUCCUCAUGUUGUUCACCCUGGGGUUGGACAGCAUGUUUGGAACACUAGAGGGCGCCCUGACGUCUAUUAACGACAUGAUGCUGUUUCCAAAGCUCAGAAAGGAAAUACUAUGUGGUAUCGUCUGUCUGGUCUCUUUCCUAAUCUCCCUGUGUUUUGCCACCAGAACCGGUUCCUACGUUUUCAGCCUAUUUGACUCUUUCUCCGCCAAUAUACCUCUGCUGAUUAUAGCAUUCAUAGAAUUAUUAGGGAUGUCAUAUAUUUAUGGUUUACAAAGAUUAUGCGAUGAUAUAGAGCUGAUGAUAGGAAGCCGGCCUGGCUAUUUCUGGCUCCUGUGUUGGCGUUUUAUCGGUCCACUUGCCAUGGUCGUUAUUUUUGUUGCAAGUCUCAUAGAAAUUUUCUCUAAAGGAGUCAGUUACGAGGUCUGGAACUCAUUAAAGGGAUACACGGAGUUAGCCCCAUGGCCCUGGUGGUGCCAGGUGUUAGCCGUUCUUCUAAUUCUGUCCUCCGUACUGUGGAUCCCGGGGGUGGCGCUGGUCAAGUACUUCAGACUUAUAGAUUGGAAGGAGGAGGUGCCCGCCUAUUUCCCCGAGGACGAGUUGAUGGAAGAGAGACAGUUUCAGCCACAUAUCAGUAACCAGUUCGAAAAAGUUUUAUUUGGGUUCAAGGAUUAGACACGUACGAUAUGUAAUAUUUUAGUUAGGCAUUGCAAUACGUAUCAAAGUAAAGAAGAACAUCUACCAACGUGUAUAAUUCUUGUAUAUUAGAAAAGAGCUAUAUGUGAUGUUUUGUCAAUCGUAAUAGUUUUGGUUUGUCUAACUAUAUUGUUUAUUCAUCCAUGCAUUGUUACUUUAAAUCAUUGCCAUGACAUUCAUUAUUAUUAUAUUUAUAUUAUAAAAUUGUUCCAUUUGACUAAAAAUCUAGAUUGAAAUUA